AAGGGCGUGUUACUUUGGGGUUAUCUGCUCUUUGAACUCUUCAUUGCGCUAAAUUUCGAAAUAGUGAAAACCAAAGAAAAAAAAGAGAAAUGCGUUUCCGUGGAAAACUUGUUGAUAUCACCUGUAUUCAACACUUUACACGAGUUGUUACAACAAUAUCAAAACUGAUCAAGACCUGCGUUCUGAGAAUAACUCCUACUGCCCUGUAUUUAAUUCUGUCUGAGAAGGUAGUGAAUGGUGGAGUACAGAUUUGGUGUGAAUUACCACAGGGCCACUUCUUUGAUGAAUAUGCCAUGGAAGGUGUAUCGGCAGAGGAAAAUGAGAUCUAUCUGGAGCUUGCCCCAGAGAACCUGGUGAAGGCCCUUAAGACGGCGCAGACCGCAAAGUGGGUCAAGGUGAAGCUCACCAAGAAACACGCGCCUUGCAUCACCAUCGAGGUGGAUUUGCCAACAUUGGGUGCCCAUUCCCGUGUGGUGGUGCAUGACAUACCAGUGUCUGUGGUUCCCAGGAGACUGUGGACAGAGUACCAGGAACCGGAAGUACCUAACUUUGAUGUCAGCAUAGUGAUGCCACAGAUUAAAGUCCUGAAGAAUGUCAUUGAAAAGAUGAAAAACCUUAGCAACACCUUGCUUCUCUCAGCCAAUCACCAGGGAGAGUUCAAGGUUUCUGUAGAAACAGACAUGGUGUCUGUCAGCACACACUUUCAAGACCUGCUUAACCCAGCAUCAGGCAAUGGGGGUGCACCACAGCAGCUAAAUCCCAGCAUGGAUCCUGAGGAGUUUGCAGAGGUACGAAUCGACAUCAGGAGGUUUGCUCAGUUUCUGUCGGGUCAGCAAGUCAGCCCCAAUCGUGUUAUAUGCAAUAUUGUUGACAACAAAGUGGUGCAUUUCUAUUUGAUGAAUGACGACGUUUCCCUGCAGUAUUUCAUGCCUGUAAUGGUAGUAUGAGGAAUUUAAGUGGACACUGGCAGUGAUAAGCCACCAUUGUUUUACUGUUGUAUAGUGCUAUUGUUGGUUCUCAUGUGACCCAUGGGGCCUUCUUAGUGUUUUCUUUGAUGUUUGAGGAAGUGAUUUUACUCUUCAGACCAGACAAAGAUUAGACAUAUAUACUCCUUUGUAAUCCAUUUUUCAUUCACGUGUCUGUUAACGUGUCUGUUAACAGCAAAAUCACCAAAGAGAGAUAAAUCUUGAGAUAAGAUCAACAUUUACAUUGUGUCGAUAGAUAAACAUAGAUAUGAUUGCAACUGGAAACAAAAUUGAUACACACCUUAAAUGGACUGUUAAAAUUCUGUAUCCUCAAAGUUUGAUAUACAUUUAAAACCUGAUCUUUAAAAGGACAAAAGUAAGCAUAUGUAGAGAAUCAUCCAUAUAUAUCAUGGAUAACAGGAAAAUUAAACAAAUGGACAAUAAUAUAAAACUUAUUUACCUAACAUGAGUAUUGUAGAAGAUCUUAACACAGUAAGGAACCUUAAAGCACAUGCAUGAAGCCCCCUUUACCCUGGUUCAGGGCUAUUAUCAGAUGAAGUUACAUAUUGAUUUUAGAGGAAGUGGUUUAGCAAUCGUUUGUUCUUAUGUGACCAACAAGGCUUUCUCUACCGUUCCUUUGAUGGUAAUGAAAGUGAUUUUUCACUGCAGAUAAUUGACAAUUCAGCCACUAAUGUUACAUAUAUAAACAUGUAAGUAGUGAUGUUGUUCAUUAACAUAUGAUUUAAUUGCAUUUUAAACUGUUUCAUUAAUGUAAAAGGAAAUGAUUGUCUGCAUUAAAUGGGGAAAAAAACUACCCUUCAAGGAGAUGAAUAAUGUUGAUAAUGUGAUGACAGUGAGAUGAAAGAUGAAAAUACAAUGUAUUUAAGGAAAUAUGAGGGUUUAUUACUCUUAUUAGAACAUCAAAUUUGAUGACAGUUGAUGAAUGACUUUAAGGAAGAGUGACGUAGUUUUCCCAUAGUUUUGGUUUGUAUUCCUCAUUGAAUGAGCUGUGAUGUGAAAACUUGUGUAAAUGAGAGAUGAUGUUUACAAAAUAGUAAACAUUGACCAGGAAGUAAAAAAUGACUUGAGAAACUGGAUGUUAAAGAGACGUGUCCACAGUUUGGCAAAAUGACAAAUGAAACACUUUGUCAUAGAUUCAGAAAAUAACAUAUGUAUUUUAUUUAAACAGGCAGAUCAAAUAUCCAGAAAUAAAAAAAUCUAAAAAAAUAAACGUUUUAUUGAUAAUCAUCAUUUAAUUAUUGAUGUCACAGACUGUUGAUUAAGUUUCCAUACCUUAUGACAGCAAGUAAAAUGUGUACAUGAUAUAGCCAUUACAUAAUAUGCCAUGUUUAACAGGGACUUACCAGUUGAUGUUUUCAACAAUACUUGACUGGUUUCAGACAGGAGUGAGGAUGCACAUUGUUCUGAUAUUAUAGUAGUGUUCUUACACUUUACCAAUAGUGCUUUUAUAUAGCUAUUCUGUCACUAAUGUGUAUGUUCCAGUAUUUUGUUUGAAAUUAAAACUAUAAUAGCUCAAAA